GUUCUUCAGCUGCACGAGUUUUUUCACAAGUUUUUUUAAUGGAGGAGGAAACUCAAUCAACGACAUGGAGUCUAAUAAGGAAGAAGCUAGAAGAGCAUUGGAUAUUGCUGAUAGAAAACUUUCAAAGAAUGAUUACCAUGGAGCGAAAAAAAUCGCUAUAAAGGCUCAUGAGUUGUAUCCAACGCUAGAGGGUUUGGAACAAGUGCUGAUGAUGAUCGAUGUUUACAUCUCUGCAUCAAACAAGAUCAAUGGAGACGCUGAUUGGUAUGGCAUACUCGGUGUGGUCGAUCCUUUAGCUGAUGACGAAGCUGUGAAGAAACGUUACAAGAAGUUGGCUCUUUUGCUUCAUCCAGACAAGAACAGGUUUAAUGGUGCUGAAGGCGCGUUUAAGCUGGUUUCGGAAGCUUGGCAUCUAUUAUCUGAUAAAGCUAAGAGAAUUGCUUAUGAUCGAAAGAAGAGAUCAAACCAAACUGGACAGAAACCAGUAAAGCGACAUGAGCCAACUUCUUAUCCGUAUAGGUCUGUUUUUAAGCCUUAUAGGGAUAGGCCUGAGCCUAAACAUGAGCGUGAGAAGCCUAAGCAUAAGCCUGAGCGUAAGAAGCCUGAGCCUGAGCCUGAGACUAAGACUAGGCCUGCGACUAAGACUGAGACUGACACUAAGCCUAAGCCUAAGCCAAAGCCUAAGGCUGAGCAUGAGUCUUCAUUGGAAAAAAUGAAUGACGGUACCUUUUGGACACUGUGCAGUAGCAAAAGAUGCAAGACAUAUUGGGAACAUAAGAGGGAUUAUCUUAACAAGACCUUAACUUGUCAAAACUGCAUGAAGGAUUUAAUUGCGACCGAAAUAAUCUCAGAGGCACACAUUGGGAGGCCAGUCAUCAUAAUGAGUCCCUGUAAUCAGCCCAUGAGCAAAAGUACAAGUGACACUUUCUCUAAUUCAGCAUCCAACAGUGCAAACGCAAAUGCUGCACCCAUAAGAAUGAAAAGAUGGUUUGAUCCUCUUGAUUCUUCACCGAACAAAAGACUAUCCAAUAUCUUUUGGACAGUGUGCAAUCGAUGUAAGACACUUUGUAAACUUUUGAGGGAUGAUUCUCUUAACAAGACUCUGGCUUGUCCAUACUGCAGUGAGGAUUUCCAUGCGGCCGAGAUCAUUCCAAAUAUAGUCAAUGGAAGGCCGUUCUUCUACUCUGGUCAGUCAAGCAGCAAAAACACAAGUAGUGAUGCUUCUUCUACUACUACUUCAGCAUCUGCUAGCGCAAAGCCAAAGACUGCAUAUCAAAGUGGAGGAAUUGCAAACGUGCUGAAGAGAGUGUUCCCUGAGUCACGAGAAAAGAUUGCUGCUGAUUUUGCUGUUGCUGCAGCUGGAGGAAACGCAAACCUUGCAAAGAGGAUUUACAAGAAGAUGACAACAGGAUUUAAAAACUCUGUUUUAGAAACAGAGACCCUUUUCGAGGAGCCGGUGACAACAGGAAAUGAAAACUCUAAUCUUGAAGCAGAGAGGCUUUUCAAGAAACCGAUGACAACAUAA